CGAGCUGCGUCCCGCCGGCCUCGCUAGCUCGCUCGCUCGCUCGCGGCCCGGGGCGGCGCGGACAUGGGCGCCAAGCAGAGCGGCCCCGCCGCCAACGGCCGCACCCGCGCCUACUCGGGCUCGGACCUGCCCUCCGGCAGCGGCGGCGGCGGCGGCGGGGCGGACGGCGCUCGGGCGGCCCGGUUCGUGGCCCCGGUGCCCGGCGCGCAGCAGCCCAGCGCCUCGGCCGGCGCGGCGGCGGCGACAGCGGCGGCCGCCUCGGCCCCGACAGCGCCCCGCAGCCGCUCGCUCGGAGGGGCGGUGGGCAGCGCGGCGGGCGGCCGCGCGGCGCAGUCGGCCUUCAGCAUCCCUGGCGGCGGCAGUGGCAGUGGCCCGUACGGCUCGCAGGACUCGGUGCACAGCAGCCCGGAGGACGGCGGCGGCGCUAGGGAACGGGACCGGCCAGCGGGCGGGGGCCCUGGCGGGCCGCGCCUGGUGAUCGGCUCGCUCCCGGCCCACCUUUCUCCGCACUUGUUUGGAGGGUUUAAGUGCCCAGUAUGCUCAAAAUUUGUACCCUCAGAUGAAAUGGAUUUGCAUCUUGUGAUGUGUUUAACAAAGCCAAGAAUAACCUAUAAUGAGGAUGUGCUGAGUAAAGAUGCUGGGGAAUGUGCAAUAUGCCUUGAAGAAUUGCAGCAGGGAGAUACCAUAGCACGACUGCCUUGCCUGUGUAUAUAUCAUAAAGGCUGCAUAGAUGAAUGGUUUGAAGUAAAUAGAUCUUGUCCAGAGCACCCUUCAGAUUAAGCAUCUGAUUCCUGUGUCAUGGGUUUUGUUGUCUUUUCAAGAUGCUUGAGAAAUCUGGAAGAUUUGAAGAUCUGUCUCUGGAAAGAAAAAAAAAAUGAAAAUUGUGGGCUUAUUCAGCCCAGGAUCUGAGUUCUGUGACACUCAGUGGUCCAGAGAUGGAUGGGAACCACAGAACUUGAGUGCACCAAACUUGCAUAUAAGGGAUACACAGGGACUUUGAAAAUGCUGCACAUCCUGUACUAGUCACUGCGUAGAUGAUACUGAUAAACAUUUUGUAUUUGGACACCAAAGUUAACUAAUUUCAAAGUUGAUUUACUUUUUAUUAAGUUCUGUAGAGCUGCUGUUUUAUUGUAUUUGUUUUGUUUGUUUGUCUGUUUGUUUUUAGUUUGGGGACUUCUUAUUUUCCCCAGCAUAAUGUUUUUGCGUUCACCUAUUCUUAACUUGAAAACCGCCCAAUUUAGUUUUUACAAACUCUUCAAUGUGAAACCAAGAAAUGUAAUCAAAACAGUAUAAUAUUCUGUGAAUGGAGAGAAUAAUCUUAAAUUCUUCCCCCCCCCCCAUGUGUGAAAAAUAGACUUCUGGGUAGGAAAGCUAAAAUAUGUUAGUAGUUUGAAUUAAAGGUUUAAUAUUAUAAAAAUGCCAUCCAAAGAGUAAAUCAAGUUACAUAAUUACAUUUUAGUUAAUUAAAUGUAGAACUGUCUGCUGAAUUGCAGUUUCUGAAAUACAUUGUUUCUUUUGAAAUAAAACUGCGCAAUAGCUUGUUAGCAGUGACCAUCUUGCAGCUAUGCAACUUUGAAAAGUCUAGGUUUGCAGGUCUUCAUGCUGGGGCCGCAGUGACUGUAACAGGGGUCUUUUCUUCCUUUCGUGUAACUACUUCAUUGUGCUUUGCAUUGCCAGGCAGUUUUCCCAUGUUUGGUAAAAUGUUUAGCAAGUUGUAAAUUUAAUACCUUAUGAAAAGGGUGAAAUAAACACAUCUGCAGUGGGACUUGUAGUAAUUUGAGGGACAUUUUAUAUACUUUUAAAAAUCAGAAUAUAAUUGGGAUGCCAGAUUUCUAGCAACUUGCAUUUUUAGUUUUCCAGAUAAUCUGGAAGUUAGCAUUUGAUAAAUGAUUUUUAAGCAAAUAUAAAGAUUUUGUUAAUUUAUAAUUUAUUAAUGUGUUGUUACUGUAAUUGAAAAUAUUGUGGAUACUUUUAAAUUUCAGUCUUUGUAGAAAGAACUGUAUUAAGCAAAAUUAUGUGAAUAAAUAUUCCCCCAAAAUACAUCUGAUGGUUAAGAAUACUGGAAGAGUGCUGUCAGGCUGCAACAGUGGAUGUCUUUUUUAAAAACAUAUCAGAAUACUACAAGUAGGUUUCACAUUUGGUUUCCUCAGGAGAAUGUUGCUCCCGAUCUAGUCCACGCCUCACAGUCCUGCUGCCCUGCUGAGCUGCCCUGGGGGUUGAAAUGGGUGCUUCUCAGAUGCUGCUACUUGUACCUCUCAUUUGUCCCCAGCCCUGUGGCUUCUGCUGCCUCUUUUUCAGAAAGGCAAGGGCAGAAGGGCAGAAGGGCAGAAGGGCAGAAGGGCAGGGAUCUUCCCAGAUAAUGGGAAGAGCUGCACUGCUUUCCUUUUGUAGACUAGAUAGAGCUUUCCUGCGGUUAAACCGUGCGUUGUUAUGGUCAGUGGUCAGACACCCAGAACCUCAGUGUGGCAGCUGCCAGCACAGCUCUGUAGCUGCCUUUUUUCAGCCAGUUGUAGGAAGUUACUCUUUCCUCGGGGGAAAUUUUCUUUCCUUAAGUUUUUUUUUUUUUUCUGUUAAUAUGAAAUCUGAAUCUGAAUCCAUUUCACUUCAUCUUUCAGUCUGUAAGCUUUCUUCUCUCUGAUUUUCCCCAAGCUCUUAGAAUGUGAAUAAUUGCUUUACUUUCUACUACUGGUGUAUUGUUGUGGUAAGAAUUAUGUCCUCUGUCUUCUCUUCUUGGAGAGCAGCUGUGGUAAUUAAUAUUUAGAAUCCCCUGGAAGGUGACCUGCUUUGUGUCAAGCUCAGCUUCCUGGACGUCUCGCCUCAGUUCGCCCUUCCUUCACACUGUCCUCCUGCGGUCCUGACGGCUCAUGUGCCUUGGCUGCUGCCUCCAAGCGCCGGUGAGGUCAGAGCGCAGUGCUGCCCUGUCGAGGACACGGACGGACUAUGCUUGUUUGGGUAGUGUUUACUGAAAUGCAUUAUAACAGCCUUUUUAUUUCCCAAAUUUUAUAAAAUUAGCAUUUUUACUUUAAAUUUUGUUUGCAAUGAUUUCCUAUAAAGAACAAUUUAGAAAUAGAAGAAAAGAAAGGAGCUCAGAUGUUCCAGUUUCUGUUCAAAGUUACUGUUCUAGGAAUGUUCUAUACAUGAGACUUUAUGUAGCAUUGCUUAUAUGUAUGUCUGUGUGCGGACACUGAGUAGUAUCAGUCAUAAAAUUAUGUCGGCUAUCCGACCUGAAACUGCUGAUAGCAAAUACUGUGGAGAUGGAAUCAAAACUGGGGGCCUCACUUACCCAGCCAGUCAUCCCUUCCUAGAGUCUUUGUAAAUGCUCCUUGGAUAAGGUCACACGUGUAUGGAGAAGGAGGCACAUGCUUGGGUUUCUCUAGUGCCACUCUGUCCAUAGUGAAUCUAUUGCCAUUUUUUUUUCUCCUUUAACCUGGCUUUUCAUUUCCUCUUCACCAAGAUAUUUAAGAGAAGCACUGUUCUCUUUAGAAAUCCGUUCACUUUAUUUGGCCCUCUCUAGAGCAAUAGACGUAAUGAUUUUAAAACCAAGCUACUCAUCAGGCUGCAUGACUGUUUUAAGAAGAGUGUUUCUGACUGUUAGUAAGCAGUGGUCUCUGCCUGACUUGUGUUAGGUGACAACAGAAGCCACAGUGUAAAGUCAUGUUGACUGGAGUGUAUAGGUUUGGGCUCUUCAGUGCAAAUCUUCUGCAUUCUUUGUUACAUAAUAACUCUGUUUCCACUCCUUUAUACACUAGAAUGCAGCCCAGAAUAACAAGGACAAUCUGAGCAGAGCUGCAGCACGCACAGCAAAGCUGUUUCCACUUGCAUGAGCGCUCAGGAACAGCAGUGCCUGUUCAGACCUUAGUUCACACUGUGGUUCUAAGUCUGGGUGUGGUGAGGUUUCAGAGACCCGCCGCACUCAGGAAACAGGAUUACCACAAGGUUCAGGUUGGCCUGGGCUGCAUAGUGAGUUCUAGGCUAGCCUGUCUCAAAAACAAACAAAAGCAAUCAUUUUAAUAUGUUACAGCAAGACAUAGGCAUGUUCCUUUCAGUGAAAGAGAUGGUGGAGUCCAUGUAAAUAGUACCGACCUGAGUGAAGUAAGAGGAUGGCCCCAGCAGUGAGCCAACAGUGAGCAGAGCACGGACUCUCACAGUUGGAGAAGAGUUGUAUCUGUAACCUGACUGAUAGCCGCACUGCGCAUUGGCCUUAUGACCAGAUAGCCUUAUGCUUCACAGAGGAAGUUUCCAUCUAAACCAGAGCCAAUCCGGGCACACAAAGUUACUUAGAGGCAAAUGGUGCUCUUGUUAGCAGUGCCAUUUGCUGGUUGUAGGUGCUCUGGCGCCUUCAGCCAUUUACCUGUGGGUUUGGUUUACUCUGGUGUAAACUUGGCAUUCACUGGCAACAAGAGAUGAAGUGUGAAAUGCCCCUCGUCAAUCACUGUACAGAUAUUUUAACUUUAAAACUCUUAGCAUGUCAGUACUUUGGAGCCCAUUCUCUUCCUUUUCCUAGAAUAUGUCACUUGUAAUAUUUUCUUAGCUGUAUGAUAUGACUGCAGUGACCUUACCUGUUUCACUGCCCUCUUUCUCCUCACAUCUGCUGAAUCUGAAUGGUUGCUGCUCCGCACACUCCUGGUAGUGAUCCACUCCUGAAACCGUUGAUAAGGCAUUCUUGGUGAUAAUGUACCCAACUAAUACUCUUUACCAUAUUCCGUAAAUGUGCUUAAACUAGGAAAUAGAAAAAAAUUUAAAUCAAAGAGUUCUCUGUCUUAAGUGGGAAAUUCCUGAUCUCCUAAGUCUGUGGACUUUCUAUGAGAACUUAAAAGGCCUUGAACACCAGAAAUGUUAAUAUUUAGUCAGUUGAAUAUGCACUGUCAGUGACCUCACAGGUUUGUUUGCAUCUAGAUGUCCAAACUAAUUUUUUGACCAGUGGCUGAAAAUAAGAUUGUUUUAUUUUGUUUUGGUCUCUUUGUUUAUGGAGAAGCAAAGAACAAUUGGCAUGAACUAGCAUCCCCACAAAUGAAGAAUGUGAUACUGUACCAUUUAUUAGCAUUAUGUGUUUCUUAGCUCUGUCUCUGGGCCAUGAGGAUCUCAAGAUUGGACAGACAUAAGUGACAUUCUCCUGUCACUGAGGAGACAUUUCUGAUUUAGUAUGUUGGAGUUGACAUGUACCGAUCAUUUAUUUGGGAAACUUCAUAACUGCUUGCCUAUUGUCAGCUGUAACUGGCGCCAGAAAUGUUUCCUUCAUUAGCCAACCACGUGCAUAUCUGGUAUGCAUGAGAGGUUGAGGCGGAGGUGAGGAUCACAGGUUUGAAGCCAGCUUGGGCUACACAGUGUUUGAGACCAGCCUGAACUACAAGAUGAGAGCUUGUCUCAAAGUUUGAUUGUAGUCUUGUUAGAGUGUUUGCUUGUACAUAGUACAAUCAGGAGACGUUGGUCUGGGAAGAAAUAACAGAGCAUCGGACUUGGUGGCACUGAUUAGUGGUCGCUGUAUGUCUCUGCAGGUGACUUGUCGUGCGGGUUUCUUUGGUUGAAAAUCACAAUAUUUGUCUCCAUUGAUUUGCUCCUGGUUCCCCAACUUUUCUAUAAUACCUCUUAAUUUUCUCUAUCAGAAAAUAUUUUAUUCUUCUUGUUAAAUAAGGCCCUGGAACUAGAGAAAAUGUAUUAGUGUGAUCUCAACAGAAAUGGAACAGUUCAUCAUUGAUAUUUUAAUAAAUAAAAUUUCCAAAUGAUCUUGUUAAACUCUCCUGUUCUUUAUAAGUAGAAAAUCGAGAGUGCUCUGAAGGGAAGUUCUCGUGCCCUACCUAUUGUCUUUAACUUGACAGUGCAUUGCGAUAGAACAGAUAUCUGAAUGCUGAAAAGUUGCCAUGCUGUAAUUGAUGUUACGGCCUCUUUAUUUUAUUACCCAUAAUAGCAAAGCUAGAUCUAAAAGUAUGAAAAUUUCUCAUAAGCUUAUGGUAAUGGACAAAGGUAUGUGUUUUCCCGUGACUGUAAGUAAAGGUGUCCUUUGGAAUACCUGAUCUAAACCUUUAAUGUUAUCAUGGAAAUGCAGCUGGAGCCCUGUUGGGAAGGGUGGUCUGUGAGUGUAGAGUCACACUUUGUAGACUUCAUUUGUUUCAUAACUUGCCUUUAUUUUUGGAAGCAAUUUUUAAGAUAUAAACAACAUUGGAUUCUGUAGUGAACCGAUUAAGAAACUAGGCUUUGGGGCUGGACCUCCUAGUCUUAGACAUCUCUGGCCAUGGGUUUUUUUCUCUGUGCCUUGCCUUGAUCUUCUGAUAUCAGGACUCUUGUAUUAAUAAGAAGGUAUAUGUAUUCCAAGUCAGAUACAUAAUAUACAUAAGCGUUGAUUACUAAACAAAAACAUUUGUACCCAUUUAUGAUUUUUAUAAUACAUUUACCAUGAAGUAUGAUGGUAACAUCUGAGAUCUUAACUUGUGUUUUGGAAGAAGCCAUAGAUUAACAGAGAGCAUCAUGGGUUCUGAUUUCCAUUCUCAUCAUUUGGUAAAAGUGCUGUUUGAGCAACUUUACAUUAAGCAGCAUUUGAUUCCAUGCUUCUUGGAACUAGGAACAUAGUAAUGAAAGUCAGCUGGCCCCUGGGAGCUUAAUUUAAGUUAGUGUUGCACAUUGGAGAGUAAGUGAUGAGCUGUAGCAGACAUAUUACUAUAUAAUACUCAGAAGAGAUGAGCGCAUGAUUAGGUCUUUAAGAAUAGAUAGAUGGCUGGGCUCUGGAGAGAGUGGGUAAAGAGAUGUGUACAGUAGACAGAAAAUGAGAAAAUCAGCCUUCACUCUAGGGAGGCAAGCAAACAGCAGCUCAUGCGGUGUGUGUGUGUGUCUAGCUGUGAUAGAGGACUUUCAGCAGGAAAAAGACAGCCUUGCUUACAUUCCAGAUUGGGGAAGGGAGACUGGAGGCAGAAAGGCCUGUUAGGAAAUCUAUAGUAACUCGAGAGAUGAGCAGGAAGUAAAGAAGGGAGGGCAAGAGGACUGGAAACUUAAGAAGGAAAGUUGACUCACCUCAGCAGUCAUCUUUGCAAAAAGGCAUAGAGAGCUAGUGGGACAGCUCUUGUUUUUGUGUUUCGCGAAAGGUUGACAGUACCUGGAAAAAUCCGAUUCUGCCAGGAAUAUCCUAAAGAGCCAUAAAUAAGGAACGCACGUAUGAAAAUGAAUUGAAGUGGAGGACUGGAUAGAGAUUUGAGAACAAAGCCAGAAACGAAUUGGCGGCAGUUGCUUCAGGGUCACAGUGCCUUAGGGCUUCAAACAUUGCCAGCACUAACUGCUAGAGUGAGGGGCACGGAGUUACUCAGCACUCUAGCUUGGCUAAGUUGGACCUCUCUUGAAGCCCCGUUGCCUUAGCUUCUGUUGCUUUGACCCUUGCUUAGUGAGUGCCAUCGUGUGCCCUGAAACACUCUUGAGAGUUUUAUCUUGGGUUCCUUUCCAUUGUGCCUGA